UUCAGAUAUUGAAGAAAAAGGGAAUUUCCCUUGCACCUGACACAAUAAAAUCAGACUACCUAAAUUGAUUACCAUUAAUAUGUUUGCUUUUAGCGAGUAACCGUUAGAACUUUCGGCAUCACCGUUGACAGGUAUAUUUCUCUCAAGGUGAAAUACUCAGAAAAACCAAAAUGCCUCGUAGCAAAAAGUAUAGCGGAGGAGCAAGACCCAAAGCCAAAAACAACACCCUUCCAUUUUUGUCAAACGAUUUUGACGACAACAGAGACACAGAAUCAGCAGAAUCUAAAUUUUGCUCAGAUAUCAAUGGAAGCAUACAAACGUAUGAAUCAGCUAUGAAUGAUUUCCGUAGGGUCUACUUGGAGUGGUCGAGAGAGAGACAGAACACAUUAUCAAAGCUAGAGGAACUAGUGGCUGAUGUACACAAAGAUCAGUUGGCCUUCAACAAAACAGGUUUAAUGUUUAAAGAAGCCAACAUGGCAUCCCGUGAAUUCAAAAAUACGAAUAAUCCCAACGUAGAUUUCUUUGCUUCUUUAGCUGUUUUCCUCACAGACGCUGUGGAUGGUGUGAAUUCAAUAGUGCAAGCCUGCAAUGUAGAUAAAUAUAUGGCAACAUUUGCAGAAAUAAUGGAAAAUGAUGCUGAAAUAACCAAACCCUUGCACAAAAUAAGAUCCAAAUGCUUUGCCCAGUACCAUAAUGUGGAGGAAAUAAUUCGUCGUUACCACUCCGAAACAUUCGACUCAACCGUUGGCAAAAUAUCACGGUCUUUAAAAACGGAAGAUAUGUGGUUAGUAGUAAAAAGCAACAGCAACAGUAUGACCCAAGUGAUUGAAGCAGUUGAUGGAUUUUUUCAGCAAGUGUCUAAAGUUGAAGUGUUUAAAGAAAUCAGCAAUUCCGUAGGGAGUUACAUUGAUAGCAAUCCAGCUGUACUUGAUGCUUGCGAAUCCGCUGGUAAAGCUUUGUAUGGUAUUUAUGAUACUUGGGGAAGAAGUCGUGAUCCAAAAGAUAAAAAUGCAAUGGCUUCAAGAAUCGACUCUGGUGUUAAUAGAGCCAUCAUGUUCAGAGAGCAGAGAGAGAUUAUGAGGCUUCAAGGCCUAACUCUAGAUGAAGACUCGUCCCAAGCCAAACUAGAAACAAAGAUUCGUGAAGCUAUAGAUGAUCUUGAAAAGGAAACUAGAGACAUGAGAACUCUGUAUGACAGCUCAAGAAAUGCAUUAAAUGCAAGUUUCCGUAAUGGUUCGAGCUACAGAGGAUAUAGCCAAUACAAUUUUUAAAAACAUGAGCUGUCUACAUUUUUAUUGUUCAUGUGAUUAAUAAAAUAAAAUGGAAGGGCUA